CUUAAUGGCCUCUUCGAAGUGACGUUCACUGGGCUUUCCACCUUAGAAGUUCUCUUGGAAAUAUAUUAACGCCUGAGGAACGUUCGUUCCGUCGCUGAAAAUUUAGCGAUGGAAAACAGGGGAAAUAUAUUAUGUUUUAGCAUGUUUUUCGCAGUAACAGUGUUUGGUGUUGCAGUGGAGGCUGGAGAUAGUCUUCUGUUGGGUGCCUCGCUUAGUGGAAAUCAAACAAUAAUUUCAAAGAAUGGCACAUUUGAGUUGGGAUUCUUUAGCCCAAAUGGAAGCAACUGGUAUAUUGGCAUCUGGUAUGCCAAAAUACCAGAGAAGACGUAUGUUUGGGUGGCCAAUAGGGCGACUCCAGCGACAAACCGGUCAGGCGUUUUGAAGCUGUCGCCAGAAGGUAAUCUGGUACUGUUCGAUGCAGAGGGUGCAUCUAUUUGGUCAGUCAACACAACAAACAAGGCCUCCCGAGCUGUGAUAUUGGAUUCUGGUAAUUUUCUAGUUCUGAGAGAUGGCAAUAAAUCUGAAACUGUUUGGCAGAGUUUCGACAAUCCGGUGGAUACCUGGUUGCCCGGGAUGACGUUCGGUGGGCAGCAAAAGCUUGUCUCUUGGAAAAACUCAUUCGAUCCCGCUCCUGGGCUUUUUUUCUUCCACGCGGAUUCGUCUGGGGCCAAGCAAUUCGUGCUGAAAUGGAACAAUUCUGUACAGUAUUGGGAAAGCGGGAUUUGGGACGGUAAAAUUUAUAGUGAAAUGCCAGAAAUUGCAGACGAACGUCAGUUCAUUUUCAUUGUUGAAAGUAAUAGCUCAGGUUUGUUUCAAAGUUAUAAGUUGAAUCCUCACUUCAAUGCAGUCACUCGUAUCCUCCUGACUAAGUUCGGACAAGUGCAAGUGUAUGCAUUCGAUGGCAGUAAUUGGAGCAUGUUCUUUUCUGUGCCCAGAGAUGGAUGCGCCUUAUAUGGUACCUGUGGUGCAUACGGAACCUGCGACUCCAGAAAUCUUCAGCUUUGUAGCUGCGGGGAAGGCUUCAAACCCAAAGACGAUCGCGCCUGGCGUUCGCAAGAUUGGGCGUCCAGUGGCUGUGUUCCGCAGAGUCCGUUAAACUGUAGCACCGACCGAUUUAUCGACCUUGGUGUGCUGUUGCCUGAUGAUUACUCUUCCUCACACCCUGCCUCCACGAAGAAAGAUUGCCAGAAAGCCUGCCUCCACAACUGCUCAUGCACCGCGUUUGCUUUCAAUCCGCCUUCAGGGCCUUGCCAAACCUGGUCCAGAGAUUUGCUGAACAUGCGGUAUUCAACUCCAUCAAAAAGCAAUUCAAAUGUCUUCAUUAGAGUAGGUGCCUCUCAACUUUCUACGAAACGCAAAAGCCCGAGUACUGUGCGCGUAGUGUUUGGUAUUGUUGGUGCACUCACCGUCGUUCUGGGUAUAUCUUCAAUUUUUAUUUGGCGGAGGCAUCAGCUGCGGUCGAUGGACAGGCCUGAAGAUCUCUCCAACUCUUUUCUCAAAGUGUUUAGUUACAAGGAAUUGAAAAUUGCAACAAGGAAUUUCAGGUCUAAAUUGGGGAGCGGAGGAUUUGGCUCGGUGUUCAAAGGAUCUCUACCAGACGGUACGCUUGUGGCCGUAAAAAAAAUGCGGGGUUCAAGACAAGAUGAGAAGCAAUUCAGAGCGGAAAUCAGUUCACUUGGAAGCAUACAACAUGUCAGUUUAGUAAGGCUUCGAGGGUUUUGUGUAGAAGGAUCGAGACGGUUGCUGAUUUAUGAUUAUAUGCCCAAUGGCUCUUUGAAUUCCUUAUUGUUUAAGAGUAACUGCAAAAAUAGAGGAGAGAUACUCGACUGGAAGACCCGAUUUGAGAUCGCACUAGGCACUGCAAGAGGGUUACUUUAUCUCCACGAAGAAUGUAUAGAUUGCAUCAUUCACUGCGAUGUUAAGCCCGAAAACAUUCUGCUGGACAGUAAUUUGUCACCACACUUGGCCGAUUUUGGGCUGGCAAAGCUUAUGGGUAGAGAUCUUAGCCGCGUUCUGACCACCACAAGAGGAACGAGAGGGUACUUGGCUCCAGAGUGGAUAUCCGGUCUUCCCAUCACUCCCAAAGUUGACGUCUACAGUUUUGGUAUGACGCUCUUGGAAAUCAUUUCUGGGCGAAGAAAUCUAGACUUAACCGUGCAAGAUUCAAGUUUGUAUUACUUUCCCCCGUGGGCUGCAACUCAAAUUCAGCAGGGGAAGAUGAUUCAUAUUGUGGAGGAGGGUGUUGCAGAGGCAGCAGACAUGGAAGAGGUGAGAAGAGCAUGUGUUGUAGCGUUCUUAUGCAUUCAAGAGGACGAGGAAGUGAGGCCUAGUAUGAGGCAAGUGGUGCAGAUGCUGGAAGGGAAGAUGGAGCUUCAAACUCCGCAGAUUCCGAGCUCUGCGGUUAGACCAGCACAGCACGACACUAGCAGCUAGAGCGAUGGUAAUGGUAUUAGUUAGAAUAAUGUUAGAAUAAUUUAAGGGGAUAAUACAUUCUAAAAUGUAGAGGCACCUUUAUUUAAGCUUAAACUUAGAUGUAUUUAAUAUACCUAUUUCUAUA